UUCUAUUUUCUUUGUUUUUUUAUUUGGUCCACGCCUGGGUGUUAUUUUUCCUUUCAUUCACACCACUUCUUCUUCUUCUUCCUCUCAGCAAUCUCUUUUUCUUUCUCAGUUCCAAUUCCAAUUCUCUUCGAUCUCUUCAAUCUUCGAUUUGAUCAAUCAGAACUCCAAAAACACACUUUCCCCUCCCCUCCUGAGUUGAGUCAUAUUUGGUAGCUUUUGAUACAAGGAUUAGGGAUUAUGCUGCUGGUAAGUUUUGUGGUUUUUUAAAGUUUCCAAUUUCUGAUGCUGAAGGAAUAAGACAUAAAGUUUUUUCCUUUACAAGACUGAAAAGAUGUUGGAAGGUGGUGCUAAAUUCCCUGGAUUAAUAGAUCUCAACAAGCAUACAACUGAUAACUAUUAUGAUUUCUCUCAAGGCUUUUACCAUAAGCUUGGGGAGGGUACUAAUAUGUCGAUUGACAGCAUGCAAACAAGUAAUGGUGGGGGAUCUGUUGCGAUGUCCAUAGAUAAUAGUAGUGUUGGGUCUAAUGAUUCCCAUACUCGCAUAUUGAACCACCAAGGGUUGCGGAGACGUGCAAAUGAUAACUACUCUGUUCAAAACAGUGUAAAUCGUCGAGGAAGAGUCACACAUGCAUUGAGUGAUGAUGCUUUGGCUCAAGCUCUAAUGGAUAGCAGUUCCCCAACUGAGGGGCUUGAAAAUUUUGAUGAGUGGACAAUUGAUUUGAGGAAGCUUAAUAUGGGUGAGGCCUUUGCUCAAGGAGCUUUUGGAAAACUCUAUAGGGGAACUUAUAAUGGUGAAGAUGUAGCUAUGUUUCAUUGGUGCAUGCAGAAAACCGAUGGUAUGGUGCAUUGUAACGGAAUAUGCCAAAGGGGGUUCUGUUAGACAGUCUUUAAUGAAGCGUCAGAACCGAUCAGUUCCCCUAAAAUUGGCUGUCAAACAGGCUUUGGAUGUUGCUAGAGGCAUGGCAUAUGUUCAUGGACUUGGGUUGAUCCACAGGGAUUUGAAGUCUGAUAAUCUUUUGAUUUUUGGGGACAAAUCAAUUAAAAUUGCUGACUUUGGUGUUGCUCGCAUUGAGGUGCAAACUGAAGGAAUGACACCUGAGACUGGAACAUACCGUUGGAUGGCUCCGGAGAUGAUCCAGCAUAGGCCUUACACACAAAAGGUGGAUGUGUAUAGCUUUGGGAUUGUUCUUUGGGAGCUUAUCACCGGAAUGCUUCCAUUUCAGAACAUGACAGCAGUGCAGGCUGCAUUUGCAGUUGUGAACAAAAAUGUUCGCCCGAUCAUACCCAACGAUUGUUUACCUGUUCUCCGUGACAUUAUGACAAGAUGCUGGGAUCCCAACCCUGAUGUCCGCCCGCCAUUUGCCGAAAUUGUAGGAAUGCUCGAGAAUGCAGAGACUGAGAUCAUGACAACUGUUCGGAAAGCCCGAUUUAGGUGUUGCAUGACACAACCAAUGACUGCUGACUGAUCCUGAUGAAAAGAAAAAGGAAAAAAAACCGAAUGAACGACAUAAGACUGAUGAUGUUUUGGAGGGAACAUGAGACUGAAGUAGUAAAGGAUUGACUAUAUUAUAGAUUUGUGUAUCAUGUGUGUUUAAUUUCUUUCUUCAGAAGGAGAAAAAUUGAAAAUCUUAACUGGAACCUUUUGUUUUAUUGGCUUUCUAUUUAUUUUCUGUUUUGAAUUAGUAAGAGGAGAUUUGUGUAUGUAAUACAUGCAUGCACUACAGUUAUGUAUAGCUUUGAAAGCAAAAAUGGU